AUGGCGGAGAAAUCGUCUCCGUUCAUCGCGCCGCAACCCAUUCGACCCAGCGCUCCGAUCGAGGGUUUCGCUCUGGACUCUACAAACACGCCUCCCUCAUCUACAACCUCCGAUUCACACCAAACAUUCAGCCAUCGGGAUAUUCUACGCAGAGCACUCAACAACGAUGCCAGCAACAUCACCCCGGCACUCCCGGAAUCCAUCAUCUCGCCCGCGAUCACACCCCCAUCCACGCCUGGUGGGACAGUCGUAUCGCAGCCACGGGUUCAUCCCAAUGAAACAACGCAGACAGGAACACAUACAAAGGGGCCAAAAUUACUUGAGAAAUUACCGAAUGUAGAGUGUAUUGUUCGUGCACGCAUUCCGACUACUACCGGCGCCGAGAUGUUCCUUCAUCUAUACCAGAACGAUUCUGAUAAUAAAGAGCACUUGGCUAUUGUUUUCGGGAAUCAUAUCCGAUCAAGAAGUUUGGAUCGUGUGCAGGAAGGAGAAACUGAGAUGGAUCGUAUGAUUCGUGGUGCUUAUGUGGGAAGAUUACACCCGGGGCGGGUGAGCAGUAGACUCGAGGAUGGGGAAGAGGUUCCAAAUGAAGCGGGAGCGUUACAGAAAGGGCAUACUGAGUCACCCCUUGUUCGAAUUCAUUCUGAAUGCUACACGGGUGAAACGGCUUGGUCGGCACGAUGUGACUGUGGCGAGCAGUUGGAUGAGGCUGCUAGGUUGAUGUCAAUGGCGUCAGAACCAACGUCGUCAUCCACAGAGCCUCCAGUUGACGGGGGAGCCGUCUCAGAUGCUGCUGACGGACCUGGUGGAGUGAUCAUUUACCUACGCCAAGAAGGUCGGGGUAUAGGACUGGGAGAGAAGCUCAAGGCAUAUAAUUUACAGGAUCUAGGGUCUGACACAGUGGAGGCUAACCUAAUCCUACGACACCCUGCUGAUGCGCGCAGCUAUGGUCUAGCAACUGCUAUGUUAGUUGAUCUGGGCCUGGGUGCCGAUGCGUCUCCAGAGGGAAUCCGGCUGCUCACGAACAAUCCGGACAAGAUCCGGGCUGUGGAAGGUCCCAACCGGGAGGUUCGGGUGAAAGACCGGGUUGCCAUGAUACCGAUCGCCUGGAGAACCGGCGGACAGAAAGGCAUUCGCAGUGCGGAGAUUGAGGGAUACUUACAGACCAAGAUCGGUAAAAUGGGCCAUAUGAUUCGAUAG